GUGCCAAGGCCAUGCAUGGGGAUUAGGGACUAUUUAUAGAGUUGGUCAGUUUCUUGGCAGUUUUAUUCUGACUGGCGUUUGAAGUUCUUCAAAAAGCAGAAAUCGCAUAGUUGCGAGCAACACGCAUUGAGAUUGUACUUUGUAUUCUGCAGCUGUAUCUAUCUGUCCAAUCGUGGCUUAUAAUAUAUACGUUACUCUGAAAAAGUGUUUGAGAACGCCGAAUUUUCUUAUCUGAAAGAUGUUAAUUUUUUUUCGAACGGCAAGAGUCUCCUGAUCUGGUGCGCCUUAUUCUGUGUUAGGUUCCAUCUGCAGAUACCUAUGAAUAGUUUAUAAACCGCAAAAGACAGCGCAACGUAAAUAUGUUUACAGAGCCAGUUAAUAUAAACGAAACGGUGCUUUGCUUUUGGCCGGAGUGCAGCACGACUCAUAAAAUUGCAAUCAUCUCUAACCUGGAGAGAUGUAUUCAGUUUUAGAGUUUCUGCUGGUGUCGACAAGAAUCAAUAGGACUGCUAUUUGGAAGGCAUCGUUGAGUGGAUCCUCGCUGGCUACCUGCCAUUCUUUGAAUAUGAAACUUGCGAAGAAGUCUGAGUAGCCUAAACUAUAGCUACAUCUUGUAUUGCGUAUUAAGUUAACUGUGCAGAAAAUACAAUUACAACGGGCGAAAUGUGGAUUCAUAUCGUGUUAAUGAUAAUUUGCCUUUGAAAUAAAGCGUAGUUUAUCGCUAUUUGGAUGUGUUUCUGUUGACAACCAUGGGCUUUACAAGUAUAUGGAUAUUUCUGGCUGGAAUAGUCAACAUCCCACGAGGAAUAGACGGAGCAUGUCUCUAUCAGGGAUCCCUGUUUGAGAAUAACGCAUUGUGGAAGCUCGACUCUUGUCAGGACUGCAGCUGCCUUUCUGAUGUGGUGAUCUGCAAAACCACCCGCUGCCCUGUGCUCUGGUGUGACUCCCAGAAGGGAAAGCGGCUGAGAAUUCCUCCCAAUAAAUGUUGCCCGGAAUGUGCCCCACAAACCCAAGGCUCUUGUUUGCAUGAAGGAACAACCUAUGGGCAUGGCAGCCAGUGGAGUGGCUCCAAUUGUUCUGUCUGCAUCUGUACCCAAGGGAAAGUGUCCUGUGCCCCACACCCCUGCACCCCUCUCCACUGUGGAAGGGGUGAGAAACGUGUCACUAGAUUUGGCGAGUGCUGUCCCAAGUGCACUCACAGUGGAGCGUCCUGCUUUGAGGAAGGCCAGGAGUACAGGGACGGGGAGGAGUGGCAGCCCACUUCCUGCACUAAGUGCGUGUGCAGCGGAGGGGAGCCCCAGUGCUUUGCUGUCCAGUGCCUGCCUGCUGUGUGCCAGCCGCAUGAGACUGUGGUGAUCCGCCGGGGAGAAUGCUGCCCACUGUGUGUGCCAGGCGCCUGUCGUGCGGCUGGGAACAAAUACAAGCAUGGCCAAAGGUGGCAUGGGGAGAAUUGUACCACCUGCCUUUGUGACCAGGGUCAGGCCCACUGCCACACUGAGACCUGUUCCAAAGGCGCCUGUGAGAAGGGUCAGGACGAGGUUCAGCAGGUGGAGCGCUGCUGUGAAGACUGCAUGCCUUCCGGAAAGAGCUGUCUCCAUGAGAGUGUGGCGCGUAACCACGGAGAGACGUGGAGCAUGGGCUGCCGGUUCUGUGCAUGCCAGCAGGGACAGGUCCUGUGUCAGCAGGCCGAAUGUGGUGCAGUGGAGUGUUCUCGGGGGGAAGAACUGGUCCACUUGCUAGGAAAAUGUUGUCCUGAAUGCAUACGGAGAAGGAGGUCCUGUGUGUACAAGAACCAGUCCAAAGAGAACCAGGAGAAGUGGUGGGAGGGAGCCUGCCGCUGGUGCGAGUGCCAGGACUCGAAGGUCACCUGUUACCAUCGUCUCUGUCCCACCUGUCCUGUGGGCACCCUGGCUAUGUAUGUAGAGGGAAGGUGCUGCCCUGAAUGUCAAGGGGUCCAGUGUCACCCAGACUGUUUGAUGUGCUCACGGACCCCAGGCCAUUGUGACAGCUGCAAGGACCCUCACUCUGUACUGCACCACGGGCACUGUCUCCAGAGCUGUCCACAGGGGUUCUUCCAGAAUGGCAGAACGUGUGCAGCCUGCAAGGACUCAUGCGGCUCCUGCGAGAAUGACUUUGAGUGCACUUCCUGCAGCACAAGCCUCCUGAUGAGCAACAGACGGUGUGUUUCGGAAUGCAAGAGCGGCUUCUUCGUAAAUCACACGCAGUGCGCACGUUGCCAUGACUCCUGCACCACAUGUCACGGGCCCAGCCAGAGUGACUGCCUGUCAUGUUCUGACCCCUCUCACCUGCUCAAGGAUGGACUUUGUACUCCAGAAUGUGGCACAGGGUUCUAUGCCAGACAAGGCACCUGCCAUGCUUGUGACAAAUCCUGCACGACCUGUUAUCCUGACAACCCCAGCUGUGUUAGCUGUCCUCCAGACACUGCUUUGCAUGAUGGGAAAUGUGUAUUGCAUUGUCCUGAACAGCAUUACAAGGAUGCUCAUGGUAGAUGCAGGGGCUGUCACCCGUCCUGCUAUUCCUGCAUUGGGCCCCAGCGUUCGGACUGCACAUGCUGUCUGAAUCCAGAGGGGGUGCUGUCCCCUCACAGCAAUGGGGUCAUCCACAGUACCUACAUCUCUAGGUGCAAGGACCACUUCUACCUGGCCCAAGACAAAUUUUGCAGAGGGCUCUUUAUCUCUCCUCCAGAGUGUCACACUUCCUGUUUGCAGUGCACAGGGAGCAGCUCCAUGAACUGCACCUCCUGCCCCUCCGUAAGCAUCCUUCACCGGGGACAGUGCCUCCACAGGUGUCCCCAGGGAUACUACAGACAGGCCAAUUUCUGCAAUGAAUGCCAUCCAUCCUGUAAGGAGUGCUCAGGACCUUCGGAAGUGGACUGUUCAGCCUGUCUGCCUCACUCCAGUCUCUAUGAAGGCCAGUGCCAGACCAGCUGCCUUGAGGGACAGUACCCAAAUACUGAAGGGCACUGCACUGAAUGCCAGGUUGGGUGCCAACGCUGCGUGGCACACCCUGAGAACAAUGAGAGCAUCUGUCUCAGGUGUAUGGGGCCCAGAGACUUGGCACUAUGGGACAGAUGUGUUCUCCACUGUCCCUCUGGAUUCUUUGCCCAAAAUGGGGCCUGCAACAAAUGCCAUUGGUCCUGUGAGAGCUGCAGUGAUGAGGAACCCUUCUCCUGCACUUCUUGUCCUGUGCCUUUGGUCCUUUCACUUGGUGGCCUGUGUGUCUCUCAGUGUCUUAUUGGACACUACCCAAACGAGAAACGAGUGUGUCAAGAAUGCGACUGGAGAUGUAGCUCCUGCAGGGGCCCACUACGCACCGACUGUUUGCAGUGCAUGGAGGGAUACGUCCUCCAGGAUGGAGCCUGCAAUCAUGGCUGUUCUGUGGGGUACUACCAGGAUGGAGAGCAAUGCCUGAGCUGUGAUGCACACUGUGUGGUGUGUGAGGGUCCUGGUCUGUGCCUGACCUGUGAGAGGCCCUUAGUCCUGUUUCAGGGCCUGUGUGUUCAGGAAUGUGGGAGGCGUUUCUUCUUGGAUACCCCCCGACACCAGUGUACUGCCUGUCCUCCUGACUGUGUGGCGUGUGAUGAUCCUGAAAACUGUACAACAUGCAGACAGAACACCUUUCUUAAGGAUGGCCUUUGCACCACAGGCUGUGGCCAUGGCUUCUUUGCCAAUGCCAGGAGCAGGACUUGCCAGGUAAAUGCCCACGCCCCCGUGCUGCGCACAAAAGGUUCUCUAGUGGUCAAGAUCGGAGGAAUCACCCUGCUGGACCUGUCUGUCGUGUCUGCUGAAGACCCGGACAGCAGCAGGGAGGACAUGCUUUUCCAGCUGGUGCUCCCCCCCAGCAAUGGCAUGCUGAUGAGACUCACAGACGGGACGGAAACAACUCUGAACAGAGAGGAUUCCUUCACCUUUGGGGAACUCAGGAAUGGAGCGGUACGCUUCACCCACUCCAAAGAAAAAUCUAAGAGUGGUCAGUUGAUCCUUCGAGCGGCGGAUCCACAGCUGUUCUCUCCGCGGGUGACCAUUAACAUCCAGGCCGUGUCCCUGCAGCCUCCAUAUGUCUUGAGAAACCAGCCCUUGGUGGUCACCAGAGGGGACGCGGUGGUCAUCACACGAUCAGAGCUGUGGAUUGAGGAUGAUGACAACCCCCAGGACGUGGUGGUCAGGGUUCUGGACCCGCCCCGGAAGGGCGACCUGAGGCAUAUCCACAAUAAACAGUUGCUGCGGAAGUUUGGGCUUCAGGAGUUGGUGCGGGACCAGCUGCAGUACGUCCACGAUGGCUCCAGCCACACCCACGACAGGGCCUUGCUACUGGUCAGCGACGGAUAUGGCUCCCAGUGCCUGCUCUUUCGCAUCAACGUGAUGCAGAAGCUGGACUACACUCCUCACCUACUGUCUUUCUCCACUGCUUGGGUGAAAGAGGGGAGGAUGGUGCAGAUCAGUCAAAGACACCUCUGGGCAGUGUACAGAGACUCCAGCCAAUCCCAGAUCCUCUACACUAUUGUCACCUCCCAGGAAAACCCCAAGUAUGGUAAAGUUGUCCUGCUAGUGCCCAUGCCAGCUGAAAAGCUCACAGAAGAGUGGCAGAGGCUGGCGGAUGGACGAGUGGCAAGGCCAGCCAAGUCGUUCACUCAGCAGAACAUCAGUGAGGGCACCGUGUGGUACCAGCACUCUGGCAUCGGGCCAGAGAGAGACACCUUCCAGUUCCAGGUAUCGAUAGAGGGGUCCCAGGAAAUGGUCAGCAAUGUGUACACCUUCACGAUCAGGGUGCUGCCUCAGUCCCCCAUCUUCUCUCAGCUCUCUCCAGACUCCAGCCUGCAAAUGACUGCACUCAAAGAUAAUAUGACAGGAAUACGGCCCUCUGCUCUCUCUUUCAUCAACAAGGAAGCACCCAAUAAAUCGAUGGUCUAUAGCAUCACUAGACCUCUUGCACAGGAACAAGGUACCAUUGAGCACCUGGACAGACCAUACACCCCUGUGGAAUCUUUCACGCAAGCUGACAUCAAUGAGGGCAGGAUCUUAUACCGGCCUUCAUCAGUACCCUCCCACCUUCAAGAGAUCUGCCAGUUCUCCUUUGCAGUGACGGAUGGUGAACACACUACUCCAGAGAUGGAUUUUGUCAUCUUCCUCUUAGCUGACCCUCAGCAGCCACCUGUCUUCCGAAUCCUGCACUCAGUGCUAGAGGUGCACCCGGGGAGCAGAGCUGCUGUUAGUGAGCAACAGCUGGCAGUCACUGAUGGAGAUACAGCUCUGGAUGAGCUGGAGUUCAAGCUGGUAGAAGCUCCUUUACGUGGACUCCUUUGGAAACUAGAUGGUGGCACGGAGAGAGAAAUGCUGAUUGGUGACACGUUCACCUUCAGUGACAUCACAGAGAACACACUACAGUAUGAGCGUGUAGGAGGAGCCACCACGGGAGACUUAAUGCUGUUCUCUGUGACUGAUGGUGCCUCCGUGGCCACAGCUACGGUGCAAGUGCUAGCGUCAGAGCUGAGGGGCGAUGGGCCCCAGCUGGACCCGCAUGCCCACCUGUCCGUAGAGGUGCCUGAAAAGAGCAGCAUCACCCUCAGACGCACACAUCUGGCAUACGUGGAUGAUGAUUCCCCAGAUGACAUGAUCAGGAUACAGCUGGUGUCUGUACCCAUGUAUGGCACUCUGAACCGGACCACUCCCUCAUCACAUCUGGAGGAGCUGAGAGAGCUCUCAGUAUUCACCAUGGAUGACAUCAACUGCCACAGGAUACGGUAUACUGCUCCCUCUGAGGUCGCUAGUCUGCCAGUCAGAGAUAUGUUCCACUUCACUGUCUACAACCAGAGGAAUAAUAGCCUUGACAACCAGAUCUUCACCAUCACUAUCACCUCUGCACAGAAACAGCCCCAAGGCGUAAUGCUGCACAGUUUGUUCAAGGUGCAAGAAGGGGGCAGAGUUAAGCUGUCAGUCAGUAACAUCACACUAAGACACUCAAACACGGCCAUGGAGGACUGGCUGGUGCGGCUUGCAAGCCCACCCAAAUAUGGCUUCAUUGAGAACACAAGAGAAGCUGGGGUAUCAGGCAGGGCACGAGUCAUCAGCCCCGGUGUCCCAUUCCCUAUGGAUGACCUGGCAUCUGAUCGCAUUUUCUACGUUCCGAACAUCAACCUCUCCGCUGCCCACUGCCAGGAUGAGCUGAGCUUCAACAUCAGUGAUGGGUCUACUCAGACAGAUGUUUUCCUCAUUAAUAUUGACAUCCAGAAGACGACAGACAGGGCUCCAGUGAUUCCAGUGAAUAACACCCGCUCGGAGAGUUUCAUCACCAAAUACUUUCUGAACAUGAUGGAUCCAGGCAAUUCAAAGAGUGAGAUCCUCCUUGCGCCCACUGAGAGGCCAACCUAUGUGGUGCUGAACAGAGGACUGGUGCUGCAUGAGAGCUCUGUGAGGAAGAUCAGCACCCUCCAGCUCUCUGUCACCAAUCAGGAUGGAGCACCAAGGGACCUGGUGUACCGCAUUACCAAGCAGACCCAGCUGGGACACUUGGAGCAUACUACCUCACCAGGGACACGCAUUCGUAGUUUCACACAGGCUGACCUUGCAUCCGGCAGCAUCCAGUACGUCCAUACCAGUGAGGAGGAGAGACCUUCAGACAGCUUCACCUUCACUGUGUCCGAUGGGGUCAAUGAGAUCUCUCAGACUUUCCACAUUGCCAUGCGGCCUGUGGGCGACUCCCUGCCGAUACUGCAGGUUCUGGGGAUGAGUGUGUCGCAAGGGAUGAGGAAGACUCUCUCUGAGACUGAGCUCAAGGUCACUGAUGCAGACAGUGAGGAGGGGUCCAUCAUCUUCAGCAUUACCCAGACCCCUCGACACGGCUCCAUUCAGAAGGUCACCAACGGUUACAGUCGUGUUGACGCUUUCACCAUGGAGGAUAUCUACCACAGCCGCAUAAGUUAUCAACAUGACGGCAGCAACUCCCUCACAGACCAGUUCUCUUUCACUGUGACUGACGGCACUAAUCUGCUUUUCAUGUUGGAGGAGGGAGAGGAGGAGAUUGUGACUGCUGCUCCUCAGAAAUUUAAGAUUGACAUUCUUCCAGUUGAUGAUGGCAUCCCUCGUAUUGUCAUUAAUUUGGGCCUGCAGUGGCUUGAGUAUAUUGACAAUAAGGCCACCAAUCUGAUCUCAAAGGAGGAGCUUCUCACGAUGGACACAGACACAGAAGAUGGAUUUCUGGUCUAUGAGGUUACAGUUGGGCCGAAGCACGGCUCUCUGGAAACCAGGCUCAAACCAGGCACUCCCAUCUCCACUUUCACUCAAGCUGACAUUAACCAAAGGCUGAUUCGCUAUGUCCUGGAUGAGGAGAAUUCCCAAGAAACCAUGGACAAUUUCAAAUUUCUGGUGAAAGAUGAUAAGCCCAAUGUUGUCACUGACGUUUUCCACAUCCAGUGGUCAUUCAUCAGCUUUGAACACACAAGUUACAAUGUUAGCGAGGAAGCUGGCACAGUGACCGUGAGAAUGAAGAGGACAGGCAGCCUCAAACACCAUGCCACAGUGCAGUGCCACACUGAGCAGGACACUGCCACUUCUAGCUCCAGCUCCAGCUCCAGGCCUGGACAGCGGGACUAUGUGGAAUACACAGGACAGGUACAGUUUGAUGAGAAUGAGGACAGCAAGAUGUGCACCAUUGUGAUCAAUGAUGACCAAGUAUUUGAGAAUACUGAGAGUUUCAUCCUGGAGUUGAGCAUGCCUGUCCACACCCUCCUGGGCUUGGUGGCUCAUGCUGAAGUCAACAUCUUUGAUCCAGAGGAUGAGCCCACACUGCAGUUUGAUAAUACAAUCUAUCAUGUCAAAGAGAGUGCUGGCAUCCUCCUUGUUCCCAUAGAAAGGAAAGGUGACACCAGCGCCAUGGUGUCUGUCCUCUGCUACACUGUCCCCAAGUCUGCCCAGGGCAGCAGUCUUCUCUCCUCAGAGGCCGGCUCUGAUUUCUAUACCCGUGGGGCAAGUGGCGAGAGUCGGGUGGAGUUCGGACCUGGGUCAAGUGUGUCCACCUGUGACGUGAGUCUGAUCGAUGACAGCGAGUACGAGCCAUCUGAGGAGUUUGAGCUGGUCCUGUCAGACCCGUCUGAUAAUGCCCGCAUCGGGGACGUGGCUGUCGCCAGCGUAGUGAUUGACGGCCCCAACGAUGCCUCAGCAGUAUUCCUUGGCAGUGCUUCCUUUACAUACAAGGAGGAUGCAGGCACCAUUGAGAUCCCAGUGCUGAGGCAGGGAAGUGACCUUAGCUCCGUGUCCUCUGUGUGGUGUGCCACCCGGCCCUCUGACCCCCCCUCAGCCACGCCCGGCGUAGACUACAUCCCCAGCUCCAAGAAGGUGGAGUUCAAACCUGGCAUGACAGCAGAGACCUGCAGUUUGACUAUUGUGGAUGACAUCCACAGUCCGACCAUCGAGGGGAUGGAAUCCUUUGUGGUCUUUCUCAGCUCGGCACAGGGGGCUCUGCUCACUGAACCUUUUGAGGCAUCAGUCAUCAUCACUGAUACUUCCCUGGACAUUCCCAGCAUGCAGUUUGAGAAGAAAAUGUACUCGGUGAAAGAGAAUGUCGGAGUCCUGCACAUUCCCAUCAUCCGCACAGGAGAUCUGACCCUCUCGUCAUCUGUCCGGUGCUACACCCAGGCUAUGUCUGGUACCAUGGUGGAGGACUUUGAGGAGAGAAGAAACACUGAUGAUUCACGCAUCAACUUCAACAUGGGAGAAGCGAUAAAGAACUGCACUAUCCAGAUCAAUGAUGACUCUGUUUUUGAACCUGAGGAGGAGUUCCAGGUACAUUUAGGGACCCCCCGUGGGGACCACUGGAGUGGAGCUGUAGUUGGGAAGAAUGACGUUACCACUGUCAUCAUCACCAAUGAUGAGGAUGCACCUACGAUUGAGUUUGAGAAAGCCAAGUACAAGGUGAGGGAGCCUCAGGGUGCAGAAGGAAUUGAGGUGCUGAGCAUCAAAGUGAUUCGUCGGGGAGACAGGAACCGAACCUCCAAAGUUCGCUGCAGCACCAGAGAUGGCUCCGCUCAGUCUGGCGUGGACUACAACCCCAAGAACAGAGUGCUAAAUUUCAGCCCAGGUAUGGACCAUAUCCUCUUCAAAGUUGAGAUCCUGUCCAAUGAAAUGCGGGGAUGGCAUGAAUCGUUCUCAUUGGUACUUGGCCCUGAUGAGCCAGUGGACGCGGUGCUUGGAGAAAUCACAAUGGCAACAGUGACAAUCAUGGAUCAAGAAGCUGCAGGAAUCCGUGUCCUCCCUGCCCCACCUAUUGUGGUAUCUUUGUCUGAUUAUGACUAUGUCGAAGAGGCUUCAAACGAAGGAAGUAAGAAGUCCCCUUCUCCUGGUUACCCACUGGUCUGUGUGACCCCCUGUGACCCCCACUACCCUAAAUACUCUAUGCUGAGGGCACGAUGUGAAGGGGCAGGCAUUAACCAGUCCUCUGUUCGUUUCGGCUGGGAGGUGGCAGCUCCCACAGAUACCAGUGGUGCCAGAUCCCCAUUUGAGAUGCUGACAGACAUCACCCCUUUCACCAGGGUCAACCAUAAGGUGUUGGACAGCAUCUACUUCAGUAGACGAUUCCAUGUGCGUUGUGUGGCUCAAGCCCCAGACAAAGCUGGCCACCUGGGCCCUCCCCUGAGAAGUAACACUGUUACCAUUGGCUCAGAGGCCUCCAUCUGCCACACCCCCAUCGCCACAGGAACUACCCGUGGCUUCCAGGCACAGUCCUUCACUGCCACCCUCAAGUACCUGGAUGUGAAGCACAAAGAGCACCCAAACAGGAUCCACAUCUCAGUGCAGAUCCCUCACCAGGAUGGCAUGCUUCCUCUGGUGUCCACAAUGCCCUUGCAGAACCUGCACUUCCUUCUUUCAGAGUCUGUCUACCAGCAGCAGCAUAUCUGCUCUAACCUGGUCACCCUCAAAGACCUGCAGGGCAUCUCUGAGUCAGGCUUCCUGGACGAUGUGCCCUUUGACGGUCUCUCCUUGGGCCCGGGGUAUGACCGGCCAUACCAGUUUACCCCAGGUGUGAGGGAACCCAGAACCAUCCAGCUCUAUAAACAUCUCAACCUGAAGAGCUGCCUCUGGACCUUUGAUGCCUACUAUGAUAUGACCAAACUCAUUGACGUUUGCGGGGGGUCUGUCACAGCUGACUUCCAGGUGCGAGACUCUGCGCAGUCCUUCCUCACUGUGCAAGUGCCACUCUACGUGUCUUAUAUAUAUGUGACUGCACCCCGUGGUUGGGCAUCACUGGAGCACCACACUGAGAUGGAAUUUUCCUUCUUCUAUGACACCGUGCUGUGGAGGACAGGCAUACAGACUGACAGUGUGCUGUCUGCUAGGUUACAAAUCAGCAGAAUCUACAUCAGAGAGGAUGGGAGGCUGGUGGUUGAAUUUAAAACACAUGCCAAAUUCAGAGGUCAGUUUGUCCCAGACCAUAAUACCCUUCCGGGUCACAAGUCCCACCUGGUGGCUCCUGAUCACCUGGGAGGCAUGGAAUUUGACCUGCAACUGCUGUGGAGUGCACCGACCUUUGACACACCUGUCCAGCUGUGGAAGGCUACUAGCUCCUACAGCAGAAAGGACUACUCUGGGGAGUAUACGGUGUUCCUGGUGCCCUGCACUGUGCAGCCUGCCCAGCCCUGGAUCAAUCCAGGAGACAAGCCCUUGUCCUGCACAGCACAUACCCCAGAGAAGUUCCUGGUUCCCAUCGCUUUCCAGCAGACAAACCGUCCAGUUCCUGUUGUGUACUCCUUGAACACUGAGUUUCAGCUCUGCAACAAUGAAAAGGCCUUCUUAUUGGACCCUGUCUCAGCACACAUGUCAAUGGCUGAGAUGGACUACAAAGGAACCUUCUCUAUUGGGCAAACGCUGUAUGGCAGAGUGCUGUGGAACCCGGAGCAGAACCUAAACAGAGCCUACAAGCUCCACCUGGAGAAGGUGUACCUGUGCACUGGCAGGAAUGGCUAUGUGCCCUUCUUUGACCCCACGGGUACCCUGUACAACGAGGGCCCACAGUACGGCUGCAUUCAGCCCAACAAGAACCUCAGGCACAGGUUCCUGCUGCUGGAUCGAAAGCAACCCGAAGUCUGUGACAGGUAUUUCCAUGAUGUUCCAUUUGAAGCGAGCUUUGCUUCUGACAAUGCUGAUCUACAGCCUAUGACCCUGAUGCCUGGAGUCGAUGGAUUUACCAUGAAGGUUGAUGCCCUUUAUAAGGUGGAGGCGGGACAUCAGUGGUAUCUGCAGGUGAUCUAUGUGAUAGGGCCAGAGUUCACCUCUGGUCCAAGCACCCAGCGUUGGCCGAGACGGAGCCACAGGGACCUAGCAGACAGAACAGAACGGCUUGUGCUGGACGAGUCUCUCAUCUAUGACAAUGAGGGUGACCAGGUGAAGAAUGGCACCAACAUGAAGACCCUGAAGCUGGAGGUAGAGUCUGAGGCGACCUUUGACCCACAUACAGGUGGAUCCAUUGGAGGUGGCAUUGCAGCUCUUGUGGUUGUCCUAGUUGUCCUGCUGGCUACGUGUUUUCUGUUCAAGAAGUGCAGGAUGAAGAAGCGGUCACCCACCUAUCUGGUGGAGGAGUACCCCCUAAACACGAAAGUGGAGGUGUGUCUGGAGAAAAACUUCAGCAGCAUGCACUGCACUGUUCGAAAGGUCAACGUCCUCAAUAUGAACCAGCGUGCCUCUAAGGUCAAGGUUAAACAAGUCAACCUAGAGGUCAAACUCCACAACAACUUCAGUGAAGGCACAGAGGUUUGAUCAAAGAUGGGAGUACUUUUUUCUAUUGUUACUUGUCAUUUACACACUGGGAUAGGCUCCAGAACCCCCGCGGCCCUGCCCAGGAUAAGCGUGUAUAGAUAAUGGAUGGAUGGAUACUUGCCAUGUACAAAUAAGUUAUUGUAUUUUUAUACAAUCAUGAAGAAGAACCGAACAGGCACUGCUGAAAGCCUGCAAGUACUUAUUCUCUGGCCUUUCCAUCUAGUGGUAAUGUAUUGUUAUUGAGGGAACUGCCUAAUUAGUGAGUCAGUUGUUCAAUGAGUGAGGGACACUGCAAGUUCUUAGGCUGUGUCCUCAGUCACAUCCAAAAAGGACAGGUGAAAUGCUGGCUGGCAAUGCUACAUAAUCAAUUUCAUACUUAAGCUACCUCCCAAGUCCAAAGGAUUAUCAAAGUUUGAUUACAACUCAAACCUCAUUACAUUGUAUGAUGUGAUGUCAUUCCUUAUGUUUAAGAUCUUACAGAAAAUCAGUGCUUCAGAGAUUACAGAAUAAUUCAAAUGUGUUGUUUUACAUUGACUGUGAAAGAAACAUGUAUGGUGGUUUUUAGCACAUUGCUCCUUUAUGUGUUUAAAUGCCCAACUUUGAACAUCAUAACGAAGCAUUCGGCACAAAAGCACUUGAGAAACUUGUCUGCUGAAGUGCUCUUACUUGAUGAGCCAGACAUUUUCAGUAUUGAUGAUGAAUUUGGCAUACACAUACCCUCUACCUAAGUCACUGUGUUUAACAAGUCUGAAAUAUAUAGGCUUGCACAUUUAUGAAUGGAAAUACAAAGUAUACAGUCCAAAGUGAUUUAUUUUUGAAAGGAAAACAUAUAUGAUGGUGGAAUGCAUUUGCUUUAUCACCUUGACUCUAUAGUACAGUUUGCCGAAUGCCUAUAGGAUAUAGGCUGAGGAAGAGUUUGUACAUUUGAACUACUCUAAGAGGAUGAGUAUUUGCUUGUUUUAGUGCCAGUGCACUUUAUCCCGCUAUCUCAAUAGUCCUAGUUUAUGCCUAAAUGAUGAUCAACCUCAAAGUAUUUCUGGUUAUAACUCUGUAUGAGUAACAAUAGUAACUGUAUAUGUUGUGCUUCUGGACCUUGCUCCUCAUUCUGUACUAAUGUGUAAGGUAUUGUACUACCCUCAUAUCAUGCAUUGUUAUCAAUUGAUUGUUACAUUUGUAGCUUCUCAAAGUUCAAGAAUUCUCUUUAUCAGUGUCCUGGGAGUACUGUGGUAUCUAGUGACAAAUCAAUGCUGUAUUUUGAAUUAUCGUUAACAGUGUGUAGUUCUAUGUCUCCACAGUGCUUGCUGUAAACAAUAUAAUUCCUGCUGGAAUGACUUAACCACAAUCAGCAUUUUCAUUUUAUAUUUCAUAUGUGUGUCUGUCUGUGUGUGUGUGUGUGUGUGUGUGUGUAUAUAUGUAUGUAUGUUUGUACGUGGUGCUUUAGUUCCAGAAACAUUGCUAUAAGUACAAUGCCUGGUUAUCAUGCUUUUUUAUUUUUAAAAAAUAUAAGUAUAAUUUAUUAUUCUUAUUUUUUAAAAUAAAAAUGUAUCUAUUGUAACUUGGUUUCCAA